AUUUUGGGGUAAAAUAUGACUUGGACAUUUCUUGACAUUCAGUCUAAUGUGUGUUAAAUCUGCGUGCCUUUGUGCCUACAUGUUCAUGAAGGUGUGUGUGUUUGUAACUCAUUUUUGUCUGAUGUCUGUGUGUGAUCUCCAGGUUUCCAGGAGGCCAAACUUGAGGUCUCAGGACUCUGAUGAAGAUGACUAUGAACUGCCGUCUCACACUACGCAGGUUUUCAAGGAUGUACGAAGGCAGGCGCCCAUGGAUGAAGUCCCACUGGUCCCUGGAGAGACCAUCAAAACCACUGUUAAAGAUGUGAUGUAUAUCUGUCCUUUCACUGGAGCUGUGACCGGCACACUCACAGUCACAGACUACAAACUCUAUUUUGUCAGUCUAGAACGGGACGCUCCUUUCAUAUUGGAUGUGAACCUGGGUGUCAUCAGCAGGCUGGAGACUAUCAGUGUACAGAGUCUUGGGGAGAAUACUAGUGGCAUGGAGAUCGUCUGUAAGGACAUGAGGAGUCCAAGGUUUGCUUAUAAAAAGGAAGAACAGAGUAACCUGGAGAUUUUGGAGGUGUUGACCAAGUAUGCCUUCCCCCUGUCCAAUGAGCUGUCUUUAUUCACUUUCCAAUACAAAGAGCAGUUUCCAGAGGAUGGAUGGAAGGUUUAUGAUCCAGUGGCAGAGUAUAAAAGAAUGGGUUUGCCAAAUGAGAGCUGGACCAUCAGUAAGAUCAACAGUAAUUAUGAAGUGUGUGACACUUACCCUGCUCUGCUCGUCACCCCAUCCAGUAUUAAGGAGGAUGAGAUCAAACGAGUGGCCUCUUUCAGAGUGAAACACCGUAUACCGGUCCUCUCAUGGAUCCAUCCAGAAACUCAGGCCACUAUAGUUCGCUGUAGUCAGCCCAUGGUGGGCCCGACAGACCGCCGAUGUAAGGAGGAUGAGCAUUACCUCCAGACCAUCAUGGAUGCCAAUGCACAGUCCCAUAAACUCACCAUAUUUGAUGCUCGACAGAGCAUGGUGGCUGAUAAUCACAAGGCUAAGGAUGGAGGUUAUGAGAAUGAGAAUUUCUACCCCAACAUGGAGCUGAAUUUCCUGGAGAUCCUAAACAUCCAUGUUAUGAGAGAGUCUCUGCGUAAGCUGAAGGAGGUGGUCUACCCUACCAUGGACGAACCCCACUGGCAUUCCGCUAUAGAUGCCACACACUGGCUGGAGUACAUACGACUUUUGCUUGCUGGUGCGGUGAAGAUUGCAGAUAAGGUUGAGUCGAGUAAGAGCUCUGUGGUAGUGCACUGCAGUGAUGGCUGGGACCGCACAGCUCAGCUCACCUCUCUGGCCAUGCUGAUGCUGGAUUCAUACUACAGGACUCUCAGGGGCUUCCAGGUGCUGCUGGAGAAGGAAUGGAUCAGCUUCGGACACAAGUUUGCUGCGCGUGUUGGUCAUGGAGAUGAAAAUCAUGCAAACUCUGAGCGCUCACCUCUAUUUGUGCAGUUCAUAGACUGUGUUUGGCAAAUGAUGAGACAGUUUCCCACUGCCUUUGAGUUUAAUGAGCUCUUCCUCAUCACCAUCCUGGAUCACCUCUACAGCUGCCUGUUUGGUACAUUCCUUUACAACAGUGAACAAGAGCGAGUGGAAAAGGAAGUGAACAGUAAAACAGUGUCUUUGUGGUCCUACAUCAAUAGCCAGCCAGAGGACUUCACCAGCCCCUUCUAUGUAAACUAUGAAAACCAUGUUCUGUACCCUCUGGCCAGUCUCAGACAUUUGGAGCUCUGGGUUGGAUACUACGUACGCUGGAACCCCCGCAUGAGACCACAGAUGCCUGUGCAUCAGAACCUGAAGGAGCUGCUGUAUCUGCGUGCAGAGCUACAGAGGAAGGUGGAGGAGUUACAGAAAGAAGCAUCUUCAUCACGCUCGAUCUCCUCUUCAUCAGAGCAUGCAUAUUCUCCAUCACAUGGCGGUAUACCUCUACACACCUCUGUGUAAAGCACGUGCAAUGCUCGCAUUAGAGAAUUCAUCAUUAACAGAAAGUGUAGAAGGAAUCUGUAGGCUACAGUAAACAUAGUAAUGUGAAGUCUAAAUCUAUUGUUCGUUUCUCUCUGGAUAAUGCCUCAGGCAGGAUAUAUGGAGGCCCAGCACAUACACAUGUGAAAACUAGCAUGACCUCCCAAAAAGAGGACAGUCUCCCACACAAUUCAGGUUCAUUUUGGUCGUUUGGAAGUGCUCUCAGACUUCCUUCUGAUCAAAUAACCAGGAAAGCUUUUGAUUGUGAUUGAGGUUAUGAAAAAUAGGCCAGGAUUUUAACUUGACUUGUAAUUAUUGACAUACGUUUUAAUAAUUUAUGAUGUAUGUAGUCAAAACAAUAUGAGCAUCUUUUUGCAUUUUAAUCACAGCAUUUCUGUGACAUUGUGCUUUGUCUGUUGUUUUUGUGUAAUAGUUUUUCUUCACUGCCUCAGCAUUGCCUGCCUUUGUGCCAAUACCAAGUUCAACCUUUUAACUUUUCACAUCACUUUUAGUUCUUUAUAAAAUCUUACAUGAGCAUCUCGUUCCUCUACCUGUGAUUUUACUAGAUUCGUUUUUAUAUAUAAGGAAUGGGGAUUUGAAUAUUGCUGUUGCGAUACUGCCAUUUUGGAACCACAUACUGCAUUUGUCUUUGUUUUUCUGUUGCACUUGUUAGUAUGAAAGUGGAAUUAGGUUUUAAUGUGCACACCCUAUUACUGCACUACUACUGUACUUUCAUGUACUACUGAAAUCUGUUUACACAAGGUAAAUAUGGACCAUAUAUAUCAAACCCAUGUUUGAUUAAACAAGUGCAAAGAAAAGUUAUCGGUGAAUCGCUCCCAUGUUUAUGUUGUUACUAUUUAAUUGUAAUCAUGGGUGUUUUGACUUUACAAAUGGCCAACAGUUCAGAUCAUUUGAACAAGGGAUGCCAUAUAAUGUUUUGAAAAAUAACAAUUACAUGUAAUAAUUAUAAUGCAAUUUUUUUGGCUUUAUUUUAGCUUUUGUGCAACCCUGGUUAUUCUUUGUACAUGCAAAUUUUUUUACUUCUGU